UGCUCUCGCAGGAGGCACCACCAUGAUUAUUGAUUUCGCCAUUCCUCAGAAAGGUGGCUCCCUCAUUGAGGCCUUCGAGACCUGGCGAAGCUGGGCUGAUCCCAAAGUUUGCUGUGACUACAGCCUUCACGUGGCAGUGACGUGGUGGAGUGACCAGGUUAAAGAAGAAAUGAAAAUCCUUGUGCAAGAUAAAGGUGUUAACUCUUUCAAGAUGUUUAUGGCCUAUAAAGAUCUGUACAUGGUGAGAGACCCGGAGCUGUAUGCAGCCUUCUCUCAAUGCAAGGAAAUUGGAGCAAUUGCCCAGGUCCAUGCAGAAAAUGGAGACUUAAUUGCAGAGGGAGCAAAGAAGAUGUUGGCUCUGGGGAUAACAGGCCCUGAGGGUCACGAGUUGUGCCGCCCAGAGGCAGUGGAGGCAGAGGCCACGCUGAGAGCCAUCACCAUAGCCAGCGCUGUGAACUGUCCUCUCUACAUUGUGCAUGUGAUGAGCAAGUCUGCAGCUAAGGUGAUAGCGGAUGCAAGGAGAGACGGGAAGGUGGUCUAUGGCGAACCCAUAGCGGCCAGUCUUGGCACAGAUGGCACACACUACUGGAAUAAAGAAUGGCACCAUGCCGCCCACCAUGUCAUGGGUCCACCUUUGCGACCAGACCCCUCAACACCUGACUUCCUCAUGAAUCUACUGGCUAAUGAUGAUCUAACCACAACGGGGACUGAUAACUGCACUUUCAACACCUGCCAGAAAGCUCUUGGGAAGGAUGAUUUUACCAAGAUCCCCAAUGGGGUGAAUGGUGUUGAAGAUCGGAUGUCAGUAAUAUGGGAAAAAGGCGUGCACAGUGGUAAAAUGGAUGAAAACAGAUUUGUGGCAGUUACCAGCACAAAUGCAGCCAAAAUCUUUAACCUUUAUCCAAGAAAAGGAAGAAUAGCUGUAGGAUCAGAUGCUGACAUUGUUAUUUGGGACCCAAAAGCCACAAGAGGAUGCAGAAAUUGUGUUGCAUUCUCUGACAAUGGAUCUGUAUAUAAAACCAAUAUGAAUUUACCAUUUCAGUGCCUGGCAAAUGCCCGAGUUCACAUGGAAGAAAGGACUAUCUCAGCAAAAACUCAUCAUCAGGCUGUUAACUUCAACAUUUUCGAGGGCAUGGUUUGCCACGGGGUGCCCCUUGUGACUAUUUCAAGAGGCAAAGUGGUGUAUGAAGCCGGAGUGUUCAGUGUCACAGCAGGAGAUGGGAAGUUUAUUCCUCGAAAACCAUUUGCUGAAUAUAUUUACAAACGAAUAAAGCAGCGAGACCAGACUUGCACACCUACCCCCGUGGAGCGUGCACCCUAUAAGGGAGAAGUCGCCACACUGAAAUCCAGAGUGACAAAAGAAGAUGCCACAGUGGGGACCAGGAAACAGGCCCAACCCUGAAGUGUGUGCUGUCGGUAAAAUCAGAGGGAAGGAGGCUGCCAUUCCUUUCACAGCCAAACGUUGUCAACCCAUGGAGAAGCAGGCCUUAUUCGACUCCCUGGGAUCCUUUAGAAAAAAAUCACCGCUCUAGACUUCUUUGAUUUUCUUUCAGAAGCAAUUGCUGUCUUUCUCACUGUGUCUUUGUUGCUGCAUAAGAUUGAAGGUAUAAAUGUAUAUUGUUGUGAUGGAAAGGCUGUGUGGAAAUUCAUUGAUGAUACUUUAAAAUGUCAUCUUUGCUUGUACUAGAUUUCUUAGAAUUUUUAAAAAUCAUUUUCUUGUUUAAAUAGUUUCUUUUUUAAAAAAAUGGUUACAUUAGUUUUAAAAAAGCUCUGUGAUUUUACUUUUUAUUGUAAUUAAUAAACAUUGAGAUCUUCGUUUUA